CCACGCUCCCCGAGCAACAAACCCCACUCCUCGCUCUCACUCCCGAAGCUUCUGCCGGCUGACAGCUGGGGCUCCGACUCGCCGGCGGCCGUUUCCAUGGCGGGGCAGCCGCCGCCUGGCCCCGAGGACGACUUCCUCGACCACUUCUUCAGCAUCCCCUCCUUCCCCGCCGGCCAAGCAGCAGCUGCCGCGCCCGGGGACCACCACCCCUUCCCGCUCGCCCUCAGCCUCGACGCCGCCGCCGAGGCCUCCGCCGGCGCCAGGCGCCUCCACGAUGGACCCGAUGGCGACCGGGACCCCGCCCAGCUCGCUGGGCUCUUCUCUCCGGUGUUCGCCGGCGCGGCGCCGCACCUCCGCCCUGCGCCGCCUCCUCAGGUGUUCCACGCCCAGCCGAGGCUGAGUGAGGGAGCCAUGGCGCCACAGCAGCACCAGCCGCCACCGCCCCGGCCUAAGGUGCGGGCACGUCGGGGGCAGGCCACCGAUCCCCACAGUAUCGCUGAGAGGCUAAGAAGAGAGAGAAUAGCAGAAAGGAUGAGGGCCUUGCAAGAAUUGGUCCCCAACACAAACAAGACUGACAGGGCAGUGAUGCUAGAUGAGAUCCUUGAUUAUGUGAAGUUUCUUAGGCUUCAAGUAAAGGUUCUGAGUAUGAGCAGACUCGGUGGUGCUGGUGCAGUUGCGCAGCUGAUUGCUGAUAUCCCACUCUCAGUUAAGGGGGAGGCAAGUGACAGUGGGGGCAAACAACAGAUUUGGGAGAAGUGGUCGACCGAUGGCACGGAAAAGCAGGUAGCAAAGCUGAUGGAAGAAGACAUCGGGGCAGCGAUGCAGUUCCUCCAAUCCAAAGCACUAUGCAUGAUGCCAAUCUCGCUUGCAAUGGCGAUCUACGACACGCAACAUCUGCAGGACGGCCACUCAAUGAAGCCUGAACCCAACACUCAUUCUUAGUAUAGGAACAGUAACUCUAGCAUGCACCCCUACUAUUGCUAGGCGUGGACCUAUCCAAAGUGUAGGAUAUACUGAACACUUUGAUCUGCUAACAGAGAGCAGGCGAAGGACCUAAAGAUCCUCUCCUCUCGAAGUAGUACCCAUGGUAUCUGAUAUAUGAUGUGUCCUCCCUUUUCUUC